GUUCACAUCCAUGCUAGCUACUGGAAUUGUGUCACAUUCUAUGACCUGUGGAAUCCUGUUCUCUCAUCUGAAAAGUGGGAAUAAUUGUACUACCAUAGGGUUGUUCUGGAAUCAGAAAUCAUGUUUGUAAGGGCCUGAUAGAUAUGUAGUCACUGGGGAAUCUUGAUGUUCGGGUCAUCUAUCCUUAGUUUCCUCACUAUUUGCUGACGGUUUUAGAUGCAGCCGUGGAGGCAGAGGGAAUGGUGGGGAGGAAGAGCCGAGAGCCAUGACCCACCCCCGUGUUCAAGGGCUGGAAGAGGAGCAGAGGGCUGGGAAUGGCGAUUCCCAAGGGGAAAUGGGGGACCAGGAGAGCCAGCAUAUCAGAAUCUCUGGAGGCUUUACCGACCAAUGCAUCCCACCUCAUUUCCUAACAUUCCCAGGUAGCAUGAUCAACCAUCCGUGUUUGCCACUAAAAGCCCCUCAUCUGAGAAGUCCCUCAUCCCCUACCACACAAGUCUAAUUGGUCAAUUGCUGCCACUCACAUUGACUAAAGUCACCACGAGGGUAACCCACUGAUUUCACUCCAGGAGCUGUGGUGGCCUUUAGCUAUUUCAGGAGCUGGGGGCUCUCGUGGAGGAGCUUGCUAAGGGCCUGCAGGAAGGCAGGGAGGCAGAAACUAUGCUCACAUGAUACAUGCACCUCCGUCUCUGACUCAUGUCUUCUUCUUUUUCAGAUCCCACUGUGUAAAUGACAACUGGGAGUUCACACAGAGCUUUGUGAAGGAUUUGGUGAACAGAUUUAAAAACCCCACACAGCGUAUGUCAUUCAUUACCUACUCGACACAUGGCCACAUCAAUAUGAAGCUGACCUCGAACAGAAAAAAAAUAAGCACUUCUCUUGUCAAAUUGCUCAAUGUGCUGCCUACAGGAGCCCUAAAUAUGCAGCAUGGAUUGAAAAAGGCCAAUGAGCAGAUCGAAAGAACACGUGCUGCAGGAGUAAAGGUACCCAGCCUCAUCAUCGUGCUUACAGGUGGAGAACUGCUGCCAGAAUCGUUCGCAGAGACACAAGUUGAAGCUGCAAAAUCCAAGCAGUUGGGGGCAACUCUGUAUUUCGUGGGUGUGCAAGAUUAUCAGCUGUCCCAGCUACUGGAAAUUGCUGGCGAAGAGGGUCAUGUGUUUGGAGUGGACACUGGAUACAGCGGACUCGAAGACAUCGUUGACCCACUCCUAGAGAGGUCUUGUGUGCAGAUUAUAUCUGUGAAUUUCUCCUCUAUCUGCACUAGAGGUAACAAUGAAGUCAAGGUUAUUGGAAACGGUUUUGAAAACAUAGACAAAGAUCAAGUUAUCUGUCAAUUUCGAAUUGGAAAGAGAACCAUCCGAAAAAAGGCAGUGUCUGUGCAAGAUACCUCCGUUACAUGCCCAGGACCAAAGAUAAAUAAUCCGGGCCAGGCCGUCUUCAUCGAUAUCAGCCUGGAUAAUGGCCUCACCUUCAUCAAGACAGAUUUAGAUGUCAGCAGGAGGAACUGUGUGACUUCCAGGGAGGGGACCCCACCUGCCCUACUGGAUGCCGUACCACCAGCUGCCCAACAACAUGUCGUUCAAAUUGCUGAGCUGGAAGUCACACAGGAUAUUUCCCUGGAUGAACAGUCUUCCCUUCAAGUUUUCUUCACUACCAUCUCUCUCUACAGCUCUGUGUCUCUCGGGAUUCUGCUCUUUUUUCUGCUGCUGUGCUGUUGUAUCUGCUGACUGCAUUAAAUGUGUGGGUGACUCCUGA